GCAUUCUCAAGCCUUCCCUGCCUCUGAUAGAGUGGCACCAGUUUCGGAGACUUUGUUUCAGCGGCAUCUACACCAAAUAAUGUCUGCUCCGGAGCCACGCCGAUGCGGCAUACUGAUGGGGUUUUUCUCAAAGCUAAUGGACCCUAACGAGGACCCAAUGAUCACCCUGCAAUGCAUUGGAGGUCUAUCUGAAGAGAUCCUCAAAAAUCGGAAGGCUCUAGGCCAAAACACGCACUUAUCCUCUUUUGCGCUCUUGUGCAUAAACGCAGGUGUGGUACCUACGAUGAUGGAUGUUUCGAAACACGAUUGGUCGGGACGUCGGGUGCCUAUUGAGAGAUAUAGCGCUCAAUACUGGGCGAUGCAAUGCCUAUGCGGUCUGAUGCUGAGCGGCAACAGUGCUGAGCGGCAACAUGUGUUGAAAGAAAUGUUAAAAGAGGACAUUGUCGACUUGUGUUUGCAGUACAUGCGACAUCGGUUAUGUAUCAUGCAUUACCUUGCCACUAAUACCCUUCGCACACUUGCGGACGAGUCCCUCGGGCUACAGAUUUCUUCUGACGUAGCUGCAGAAAUUAUAGAGACAAUCUGCGAUCAUGGGCUACAGGGACCAGAGACUUUGAUCAAGCAGAUGCUUGAUCCGGCGACGUCAUGGCAGAAUACAAUGUUCCUAAGAAAUCCGAAUGUAACAACCAUUUGUAUUACUAUCUUUCGAUAAAAUUCAU